AAAUAAAUGGGAAACAAGAUCACUAAGGAUAAGUCUUCAGAGUCAUCUCAGAAGAAUCAAAUUCUAGCUGAAUUGCAUAACAAGAAGAUGUCUAAAGCUGAAUUCAAGGAGGCAAUGUUUUAUAAAGCCCAGAUGUAUGAUGCCGUGCAAAAAUAUUUGCUAAUAGUAGGCAUUAAAGAGCUUUCAAAUGAUUUUUAUUCAAAAACUGACAGCAUACUUGACCUCAAUAUGAAGACCUUGAUUGAAUCCAAGGAUGGUUUUCAAAGAAAUUUACGGACACUUUGGAAAAUACUCGGUAAGCAAGCCAUAUAUGGACUGUCCAUAGGAACCGAUUUUGUUGAUCAAAAAGGAGUAUCCUUAUUUCCAUUGUAUUAUGUCCAAAAUACGCCUUUAAAGAAGGUCAACAUCGUAAACCUUUGCAUCAAGAGAGGAUGAUCAAAUCUAGUACUGAUUUUGAUUGACCAAUACCCUCAAGAGAUGGUUCGUUUAGUCAACCAAAAGGAGAGUUGGUCAUUACUACAUGAUUUGGCAAUGAAGAUGGAAAAUUUUACUCUAGAUGAUGAGAAACUUGCUACAUGGUGUAUUGAAAAGUAACAUUAUAUUAAAACUAUAGCACCUUUGUUUUUUUAUAAAUAAUGAUGUUAAUAGAACAUUUUUAGAGACAGCAAUAGCUCAUAAAUCUCCUAGGUUUGAAUUUCUAUUCAACUUGGCAAAAAAUUAGAAGAGUCACUCUGAUUACGAUUAAAGUUCUCCAACAAUCAAAACUUAGAGAUAACUUGUUAGCAUGAGUACUGAAGUAUUUACGCCAAGAUAAAUUAGUCAGCAGCCACUAUCAUCAAAUGUCCAAGAAAAUAAUGAAUCACAGACCUAAAUGGGCUUAUAAUAGUUAUU